UAAAAAAAGUCUUAAAAAAUUGCUCUUAAUAUUAGCUUUAAAUAUUUGAUCUGCCGUUCUUAGCACUCUCUCUUCGCGGCUCUCUUUGUAUUAGAACAAUUCUCUUUUGUUUUGCGUAUGUUACUAUAUCAAAAUACUAUAAAGAUAAUGAAUUAGUUCGUGCAUAGAUGUGAAUGGUGUAGGUCGCAUAAUUAAAACAGACUUACACUUUUUUUUUGCAAUAACAUACAAGAUAAUAAGUCUGUGCUAAAACAAUAUAAUUUAAACAAAUCAAAGAUUGGAUGAAAUGGGAAAAUUAUCAUUGACUGAUUACGAAGCGGUGAAGAUUCCUGUGCCUUGGGGUUACAUUUCGGGUCGUUGGUAUGGCAAUCGAAACGAGCGACCCAUCCUCGCGAUCCAUGGAUGGUUGGACAACCUGGGCAGCUUUGAUCGGCUGAUUCCCCUACUCCCGGAUUACAUAGGAGUACUCUGCAUCGAUCUGCCAGGACAUGGCAGAUCCUCGCACCUUCAGUCGGGAAUGAACUACAGUGUCUACGAUUACGUGUUCAUCAUUCCGCGAGUGAUGAAGGAGUACGGAUGGACGAAGGUCUCCUUGAUAGGUCACUCAUUGGGUGGAGUCCUGUGCUUCAUUUACACCUCCCUGGCCCCUCACACAGUGGAUAUGGUGGUCUCCCUGGACAUAUUGCUGCCAAUGAGGAAUGAUAUAGACUAUAUGGAACUGAGCUUAGAGAAGCAACUGCUGAAUGUUGAGAGGCAGAGGCUGGGAAACUACAGUGAGCCACCCUCCUAUACACUCCCUCAGUUGGGAAAGGUCAUGGCCCAAGGAAGCUUCAAUUCCGUUUCCCCGGAUCUGGCUAAGCACCUGCUGCACCGCCAGUUGACCAAGUCGCAACUGUAUCCCGAGAGAUUCUACUUCUCCAGGGAUAUUCGUGUCAAAUACUACCACUACAUGGACAUUGACGAUGGUCUAGGAGCUGAAAUGGCGAGACAGAUCCACAAGAAACCGUACCUUAUUAUAAAGGGCUCUUUGUCGCCAUAUCUGCCAGCUCGCAAUAACGAGGCCAUUUCCAUUUUGGCCAAGGAUAACCCACACUUUGAGUUCUACGAGGUGGAGGGCGGUACUCAUCAUCUUCAUCUUCAUGCCGCCGAGGAGUGUGCCACAUACAUAGUGCCCUUCAUCCAGCAUCAUCGACCUCCUGCCUUGAAUUCCUGGACAAUAACGGGAAACGGGGAUAGUACUAUCGUUAGAAAACCGAAAGGAUUCUUGGCCUGGACUAAGAAAAAGCGCAGCAAGUUGUAAAGUAUAGAUAAUAAUAUUUUAAAACCUGGUUACUGAUACUUUUAUAUUUCUAGUAAAUCCAAUUUUAAAACUAUUUACCAUUUGUAUUUCUAACCUAAGUGUAAAAAUUUGAUUUCUUAACUGUUUUGCCAUUAUUAGUUAAUAUGUAUUGACACUUUUUUUUUCAUUUAAACAAAUAUAUUUAAAUGUUAUUUAGUAAAUACUUAAAUUCAUAAUCAAUUUAAUGCCGAGAUUUAAGAAUGAAAAUUGUAAACAAAAUUACUGAACGAAUAAAAUAAUUGGUGCUUACAGAUCUUGAUAUUUAUAAGCAUUACAGUACGAUACUACGGUAUCUUUAAGAGAUCUAAAAUUUGUUCUCUUUUCAAUGUCAAGCUCUC